AUGGUCCAUGUGGUGAGAAAGAAGUAUCACCACCUUGUCGCGGACCAUCUGAGCAUCAUGGACCACACAUGCAUCAUGGACGACAUGGUCAUCAUGGACACCGGUGGCAUUUUAAUCCCUAUAUGCAUCAUGGCCACCAUGGCCACCAUGGACAUCAUGGAAGACAUGGUCACAAACACCAUGGGCCACAUGGCCAUGGUCAUCAUAAGCGCCACUGCCAUGACAAACACAAUAAUGGAUGUUUUAAAAAUGUCUUUGGACCACGCUUUGGUCCUUGGGAGCGAUUUGGACAUGGAAGAGAAGAAUUCCGAAGGAGAGACUGGAUCUGGCGAGCCUCAGAAGGUCGUGGAAAAUGCCAGAAAAAAGAUGACACUGUGG